AUGAAUCAAGAAAUAAAACGUGUAUACAUUGGCGGACUAUCCAAGAAUGUGAAUGAGCAAGAUAUCGCUAAUCGAUUACGUCCAUUUGGAUCGAUAAGUAAUGUGAACAUAAUCUAUCAACAGGAGACUGGUGAAAGUCGCGGCUUUGCAUAUGCUACAGUAAAAACGACUCCAACUCUGUGGAAAAAAUGCGUGUCGACACUCAAUGGUACAAUUUGGAAGGGUAUGAAAUUACGGAUAGAGGAUGCCAAGCCCGAUUACAAAAAACGUUUGCAGGAUCAACGGGAGCAGGAACAUAAACCGGCCGAGCCUCAGGUAUCAGGCACACACACAUCAAAGAAGAGAAAGCAAGAUACGGUUACUUUGGCAGAUGACAUGAAUUUGGUCACUGACAAGAACGCCGAUGGACGUAAGGGAUGGAAAAAAGCACGAUACGGAAGAGCAGUUGCUGUUAUGCGGCUUCGCAAGGAUGAUGGAACAAAGGUUGUGUUUAACCCGCAGCAUUAUCAAAAUAAUCUCAAACGGUUUACCGAACGCGAUUUGGAACUAUUAGAACAGAUGCCGUCUGACGCAUUGUCGUCUGAAUCGCGUGCAGUCAAUAAUAAGAGUGACGGUCAUACCAAUUAUGCAGAAGUCAAAGAUAAUUCAACAAUCAAAAAUAACGUAAUGGAAACGGACGACCUUAUCGCGAAGAAUCUAGCCUCCACGCCUAUGCCGGCUGUAUCAAAAGACGUGCGGGCCGAGAUAAAUACGGAUCUAAAGCAAUUGUUUGGUCCGGCUGCGGUGAAACAUGAGAGUCCGAUUAACGCGGUAUCAAGUACCCACAAACAACCGCAGAACCCGAAAAAUAAAGCGAUAGAAAGUCAGAGCAUGAUACCGGCAAUGUCUGAAUCGGCGCCGUUGUUCUUCUUUCAUUUUGGAGACAAGUCACUGGAAAAGAGAGACGAAAUAACAGCACAGUGGGAGGAAUCACGGAAAGAAUUGACAGCCGAGUUUAAGAGGAAACACAAGUCUGUGACAAAAAAGCUUUCUAAACUGAAGAAAAAAGGAUGGUACACGGAAGGCAAGAUACAGGAUUAG